AUGGCCGGGUCUCGGGAACGACUCCUCUACGAACGAAGACCUGAAUAUGAAUACGAAUAUGAACCAAGAAGACGUUACGACUAUCGUGAGAGAGAGCGGGAUAGAGAUAGGUACGUAAGAUACGAAAGGAGAGACAGAAGAAAUGAAUAUGAAAGACCUAAAAGAAGGAACGGAUAUGUGUAUGAAGAUAUCUAUUCAGAUUUCGAUGAAAAUCAAGGAAAGUUAUCUCUCUUUCGACCAAUAAGACCAGAGUAUUUGAAUCUUCCAACAACUUAUGAUUCUAAAUACAAUUCGUUACCAAGAAACUAUUAUUCUUAUGAAAAUAGAGGGCGUAAAUACAAAAAGGAUUACUAUGAUUUUAGAAUCGAAAACGAAAGGCGUAGCAACAAUGAAUUCGAACGCCGACCAAUGUUAGACGCUAAGAAUUCAAGCUUAAAUUCAAAAUUACCAAAGAAUCAACCGAAAAACGUAGCCGUUUGUAAACCAUUACGUUUAACAGAAAAGAACGCUCGCUAUUGGACAACAGACUUUCCGGAAAAACCUAAAACAAAAAAAACUGAGGAACCGAAAAAAAAUGUGAAAUUUUCUGAAGUGUCAGGUUGUAAUAGAAAAAUGGUUGUUGACGAUCCUAUUUGCGGUAAAAAGGUGGUGCCUGUUAGAGAGCUGGAAGUGUCAUUAGAUCAGAUGAUACAAAACGGAUAUUUUGAAAAGCAUAAUAUCCCGAUUUCGAGGCCGAUGGAGCGAGCUAGCAAAGUUACGAGGGAAGAGAUACAGGUGCCUAACGGAAAGUGCUUAUCGGAGAGGAAGGAAAGGCAGCCGCUGCGGCGAACUAGGCAUCUGCCACAGGUACUGGCGGCGCUAGCAGUGUCCCUGGCUCCAUUCUCGGCUGGACUCAGCAAAGGCUACAGCUCCCCGGCCAUAGCGUCUUUGCAAGGACCUGGAGCGAAUGCCACGAGAAGAGAUUUCCAGUUGACUGAUCAGCAAGCGUCUUGGUUGGCUUCGUUGUCUUUUCUUGGUGCACUUUUCGGUGGCAUGGCAGGUGGAGCAGCGAUGCGGCACGGUCGACGACGAGUCCUGUCUCUGGCAGCGGCGCCUUGCAGCGCUUCCUGGCUGUUGACAGUGCUGGCCACUUCUGUCAGAAUGAUGUGCGUCACAGCCUUUUUAGGAGGCUUCUGCUGCUCCAUACUCACUAUGUUGUCACAGGUGUACAUCAGCGAGAUAUCAGUACCAGAUAUUCGCGGCUGCCUCUCCGCCGUUCUAAAAAUCGUCGGGCAUCUUGGAGUUCUCUUCAGUUUCACCAUAGGAGCCUACUUGGACUGGCAACAACUGGCUCUUUGCAUUUCUGCUGCUCCCUUACUUCUGUUCUGUACCGUUCUUUACAUACCAGAAACUCCAAGCUAUCUUGUUUUAACAGGAAAAGACGAAGAAGCUUAUAAGUCUUUACUGUGGCUUCGAGGACCAAAUUCUGACGUAGCUCAAGAACUAGCUACAAUUAGAACAAACGUUCUAGCAAGCAAGAACUUUAGCCAACGCCAAAGUCAAAUAUCUGGAAGUCAAUUCAUAAGUUCCUUGGAUGCACGAACCAUGAACCGGCUGCUAGGUCCUAUUCUUGUUACUUGUGGCCUAAUGAUGUUCCAAAGAUUUUCAGGUGCCCACGCGUUUUCGUUCUAUGCUGUCCCGAUUUUCAGAAAAACAUUCGGAGGUAUGAACCCUCAUGGAGCUGCUAUAGCGGUAUCCUUUGUACAGUUACUGGCUUCAUGUUUGUCAGGACUGUUGAUAGACACAGUUGGACGAUUGCCCUUAUUGAUUGUCAGUUCUGUACUUAUGUCCAUGGCCUUGGCUGGGUUUGGAAGUUACGCAUAUUACGAAGAAGUACACCGUAAUCAGAGAAUUCAAAACGUAAUGUUCCACCAGACGAUUGGUCAGAAUGACUGGAUACCCUUGUUAUGUGUAUUGGUGUUUACUAUUGCUUUCUCUUUAGGUAUGAGUCCUAUAUCCUGGCUUCUAAUUGGUGAACUGUUUCCUCUUGAAUAUAGGGCGUUUGGGAGCGCUAUGGCUACGGCUUUUAGCUAUCUCUGUGCUUUUGUUGGUGUUAAAACUUUUGUCGACUUCCAGCAGGCUUUAGGUCUUCAUGGAGCAUUCUGGUUAUAUGCCUCUAUAAGUGUUGGAGGUCUAUGUUUUGUUGUGUGUUGUGUUCCAGAGACAAAAGGCAAAGAUUUGGAUGAAAUGGACCCAAAUUACGUUCAGAGUCUUUCACCAAAGAGAUAAAGAGUAUGUAUUAUCGCGUUUACUUGGAAAACGAUAAUAUUUGAAAAUUUUAAACAUCUAUGACAUAAGCCAUUUAAGACAUAUUGCUUGCGGAA